AUGGAGAAGGGAAUUGAUAAAGUGCGUGAUAGUGUUGCAUAUUGGUCUGCCACACCUAAAAGACAUGAGAGGUUUGAGAAAAUGGCUAGGCAAAUGCUAGGGGAAUAUGAAAAAAGAAUUGCUCUUGAUUGUAAAACUAGAUGGAACUCUACUUACACUAUGCUUAGCACUGCACUACUUUACCAAGAUGUCUUUGAGCGCCUUGCUUCUCGUGCUCCAUGUGUUCCAUCUACUGAAGAUUGGAAGUUUGCUAGAAAGCUUUGUGAUAGGUUGAAGAUGUUUUAUGAUGUAACUGAGCUACUCUCUGGCACUAAAUAUGUCACAACCAACCUUUUCUUUCCCAAAAUAUGCAACAUUUUUUUGGCAAUUAGGAGGUGGCAAAGAAGUGAUAAUCCUAAGGUAGAAGAAAUGUCUAGAAAAAUGAAAGAGAAAUUCAACAAGUAUUGGUCAGAUGUGCAUGGUUUGAUGGUUGUUGCUGUUGUCCUGGAUCCUAGGUAUAAGUUGCAGCUAUUGAAUGCUUUGUUUCUCAAAAUUCAUGGGUCAGUUAGUGUAGCUGAUGAAUCUGUCAACAAGGUGAAAGAGUUGUUGUGCAAUUUGGUUUUGGAAUACCAAGAUACUGUUGAGGUUGUUGCCACAACAGAUGGUGCUCAAACUAGGCCAAGAGCUCCUCCUCAGGUGGAUGAUGAAGAUUGGAUGGACACUUUUGAUGAUUAUAUGUCCAAACAGCCCGCUGUGACCUCCACUUAUGUCCGAACAGAGUUGGAUUUGUAUUUUGAAGAGCCAUUGCUGCCUAGGACACAAGAUUUGGAUAUUGUUCAGUGGAUGAAGAUGCUUCCACCAUAA